AUGUCGGCUAGAUUUUCCAAUUUACGGCGGAGGUUAUUUUCGGAAUCACCUAUUGAAAGGGAAUAUUUCAAACAGAACGUUGAACAACAUCCAGUUAAAGAUAUCUCGAUUAAUGUCUUUUACCAAUCUCGACCUUCAGAUCUCCCACUGGAAGAUUGCUUAUUCAAUGGAGCCGUUGUGGCUAUUUCUGUGUUCCUAAUAAUUUCGACUAUGAUUAUGCCUAAUGGCCCAUUUACCCGCCCUCACCCUCUAGUUUGGAGAAUAAUUUUCGGGGCUAGCCUACUUUACUUUCUUAGUCUUGUAUUUAUUCUAUUUCUACGUAUUGAGGAUGUUCGGAAAGUUCUGUUCUACCUUGAUCCCGAUUUAAAAGGCAUGAGAUAUUCAGAUAUUUUGGAUAAGGAAUAUGCUGUUAAUUGUAGUCAGGUGACUCUGGAGCGUAUCUGGAGUCAUAUGGAUGUCUUUGCUUUCGGCCACUUCUUUGGCUGGGUGAUCAAGGCCAUUCUUCUUCGUCACUACCUCAUUCUCUGGACGCUCUCUAUCAAUUGGGAGGUCACAGAGAUUGCCUUCUCGCACAUUCUUCCCAACUUUCAGGAGUGCUGGUGGGACAGUCUCUUUCUAGACGUCCUCGUCUGCAAUGGUCUGGGAAUAUUCUGCGGAAUGCUUCUCUGUCAAUGGUUCCAUGCCAGGUCCUACCAAUGGGAAUCCAUUCGCGAUAUUCCUUCCAAGAGGGGCAAACUCAAGCGAGCUGUUCUCCAGUUUACUCCAGUUAGUUGGACGCCAACGCACUGGUUAGACAGAAACUCCUCCUUCAAGAGAGUCAUCCAACUCACCAUUCUUAUAUUCUUCUGGCAGGUGGCUGAGUUGAAUUGCUUCUGGUUGAAGCACGUUUUCAUUGUUAAACCCUCCCAUUUCCUCACUCAAGCUCGAAUAGGCCUCAUCACUCUCGCCUCUGCUCCCGCCAUUAGACAAUUUUAUCAAUAUGUGACUGAUGAUCAGGUCACCCGAAUUGGUUCUCAAAUGUGGGUCUUCACAGCCACUUUAAUUGUGGAGUCCAUGGUCGCUUACAAACUUGAAAGCGAGGUUUUUGAAAAGGCCAUCAUUCACUAUGUCAUUAUCUGGUUCAUUUGGUUGAUAAUCAGCAGUUUCUUAACCGUUCAACUUUGCAUCUUCUUCUCCAAGCUUUCCCCAACUAAUGUUGAUGAAGAUGAGGAGAUUUUGGACCCUAAAAAUACUCUUUCAGAUUCAGAAGUGAUCCAAGAUCGAAAUGUGGAUAAUGUUAGUUUAUGA